AUGUCGCCCACAACGAUGACUAGGACGAAAAGUGCACUGACCAUUUCCUCCGUUUGUCCGGUGCAGAUGUCACAAUAUCCUAAGCUCGACGCCAAGCAAGCCGGACAUUUGCGACAUUUUCACAACCUAGUUGCACAACCUGAUGGUGAGUGGCACCAUUUCGGCUCAUUGGAAGCUCAACAGGAAUGGGACGAUGCCUACCGCUAUCAAUUGGCGACAAUGUCUUAUGCCGUUGGGGCGGCGCACUAUCACCGUUUACCAGCGAUGAGAAACGUCUUCAAAGAACUCUUCCGACGCAUCAUACACAAGAUGCUCCGUCGUGAGGUCUGGGGUUACUGGUUCACCACCAGUCAUGGGGGGACGCUGCUUGAUCCUGAUUUGAAGGAGCUUCGAAAACCCUGGGCGGACCCUGUCAUCAAGGAAAAUAUCAUGUACAGCGGACAUUUGUUGCUGAUGACCAGUCUAUACGCCAUGCUGUUCGACGAUGACGAGUUCGAGAAGGAAGGCAGUUUGAAGUUCUCGUGGAACCCUUUGUUCUGGGGCAUGGGCAGGGAAGAUUUUGUGUAUGACAAUCGAAGUUUACAGAAUGUCAUAUUCAAACAGAUGGAGGAGAAUGACUGGGUAGGCGUCUGUUGCGAGCCCAAUGCUGUGUUCGUGGUGUGUAAUCAAUUUCCGGUAUGUAAGCGCUUGCAUGGGCCCGAACCAUGUGCGGAAUGGCUGACUCGCAGCGUGCAGAUUAUCGCCAUGAGAUACAACGAUGUUCGCGACCGUACAAACAACACCGAAGAGAUGCUGAAGAAGUACAAAGCGUCACUGGUUCGAAAGGGGAUGCUCAACGAUUCCGGGCUGUAUCCCAGCUUCUUUGCUCUCAAGCAGAAACGAGCGAUGCCGGCCCGUCAAGGGGCGCACACGGCAUGGGCCAAUGCAUUCAUGAACAGCUGGAACUCCACGAAAGUUCACUCCCUCUACGACAGCCAAGUCAUAGGAUUCCUUACCGAAGUUGAGGGGAAAACAAGGCUCCAACCAUCCAGUGUCGCCAGCGCAUUCCGAAGACUUGUCGCAGAAGAAGACGCGAACCCCGCGAGCAUGCAUACGCUGCACAAGGCUCGCGAGCAAGCUCCACUUUUUGCCAACCCACUCUUUCCUUUCGAGACGAUUAGCUGGGGCUGUUUUCUCAUGAUGCUUUCUGAAUUGGGCAAGAAGAAACAACUUGCCGACCUGCUGGAGUAUGCAGAUUCGCACCUCAACCCAAGAUGGGAGUGUGGCGGCUUGUACUACCCACGCAACGACCAGCUUUUAGAUCACGAGUACAAUAUGAUUCACAUGGAGCCGCAUUCUGGAAACUGUGGUAUUGGAUACGCGCGCUUGAACGUAGCGGACGGCCAGAAGAAGAUGUGGGAGCAGCCCUGGACCAGAGAGACAUUGGCGGGUAGACCCUGGGUCGACGGUCUUACUCUUGGUGAUGGUGUGGACUUUCUGAGAGGAAUCUGGGAUCAAGAAAAGCGUGCAAUGGUCAUCACGCUGAAAAGUUGGUCGGGGGAGCGUCGACAUCUCUGCUUCAUGAUCCGGAACCUUGAAGUCGGCACCUGGGCGACUUAUGUUGAUGGCCGGUUGAAGCAGACAACAGACUUGGUGGAAGACAGAGGCUUGGAGAUCUCUGUGAGUAUAGCCGAUGCUGAGGUUGACAUCGUGGUCACCGCUCCAUAG